AAUGGGCCAAUGGAUCAAUCAAAAAUCCUUUCGAACUCCCAAAAUCUGUCAUCCUUGUUAAGAUAUAAUUUCCCUUUUCCGGCCGUGAAAAACCCUAGCUACUGUGAGAGAGGUCGACGAUUCCAUCUCCACAGCCAUGGCCGAUGUUGAAACCGAUGUGGCAGCAGGACUGCCCAGAAAGAGGACGUUCAAGAAGUUUAGCUACAGAGGCGUCGAUCUCGAUUCUCUGCUCGACAUGUCCACUGACGAGCUCGUAAAGCUCUUCAAUGCUCGUCCUCGCAGAAGGUUCCAGAGAGGUUUGAAGAGGAAGCCAAUGGCCUUGAUCAAGAAGUUGCGCAAGGCGAAACGUGAGGCUCCACAAGGUGAGAAGCCAGAGCCUGUCAAGACUCAUCUGAGGAACAUGAUUAUUGUUCCUGAGAUGAUUGGGAGUGUCAUUGGGAUUUACAAUGGGAAGACAUUCAAUCAGAUUGAGGUCAAGCCUGAGAUGAUUGGCCACUAUCUGGCUGAGUUCUCAAUCUCAUACAAGCCUGUCAAGCAUGGAAGACCCGGUAUUGGUGCUACUCACUCAUCAAGGUUCAUUCCUCUGAAGUAAUCUCGGAUGUUAGGUUAUCUCGUGCUGUCUUUUGCUACAAUUUUGAUGAAGGUCUUCGAUUAUGAAAAUUAAGUUUGGAAUAGUUGUGGUCAGCUGAUAAAUAUCAUUUUUAUUUGUUUCUGUCACAACAUUGUUGUCUCUUAGACUUAUUCUUUUUAAAUGCUCAAUUUAAGAGGGCAUUUUGAUGCUCACAAGCCUUUAAUGCUCAAGUUCUCUCCUGAUUU